CCGACUUUUGCCCAAGUUUGGAUGGAAACGCUGCAAAACAAGAAAUAGGAGCUGGUGAAAGCACCGUUACUUAUAGUUACUCUGUCGAAUGGAUUGAGGAAAAGGAAAUCACAUGGGGGAAUCGCUGGGAUAGAUAUUUGCUGAAUACCGAUGCUCAAAUACACUGGUAUUCAAUCGUCAACUCUCUAAUAAUCGCACUAUUCCUUACUGCGAUGGUUGCGAUUAUCAUGUUACGCACGCUCAACAGAGACAUUGCUCUCUACAACGAGGAAGACUUAAAAGAAGAUCAAGAAGAUACCACGGGAUGGAAACUCGUUCAUGGCGAUGUGUUUAGACCACCAAAAUUAGGUGUUUUAUUAGCACCUCUCGUUGGAUCAGGAGUACAGAUAUUGCUUAUGGGUGUUUCUACUAUGGUCUUCUCCAUUCUAGGCGUACUAAAUCCUUCAUACAGAGGUGGUCUAGUAUCAUUUGCAUUAUUCUUAUUUGUAUUCUCUGGUACGUUUGCCGGAUAUUAUAGUUCAAGAAUGUACAAAGUAUUCAAAGGCACUUCAUGGAAGAAAAAUGCUGUUAUCACUGCUCUCUUGGUUCCCGGCUUUCUCUUUGGCAUAAUUUUCAUCCUUAAUUUCUUUGUCUGGUCCAAACACUCGUCAUCUGCUAUUCCAUUUGGCACAUUCUUUGCUCUUAUUUCCAUGUGGUUCGGUAUCUCGUUUCCUUUAGUAUUCAUUGGAGCAUACUUUGGUUUCAAAAAGAAAGCAAUAGAACAUCCAGUAAGGACAAAUCCUAUUCCAAGACAAAUUCCCGAACAAGUUUGGUAUCUACAGCCCUUUGUUAGUGUUAUCGUCGGUGGAUUGAUGCCAUUUGCUGUAAUCUUUAUCGAAUUAUUCUUUAUCCUCAAAUCGAUAUGGCAAGAUCAAUUCUAUUAUAUGUUUGGUUUUCUUGGACUCGUGUUUGUUAUUCUUGUAACGACAGUUGUUGAGAUUACGAUCGUAAUUACAUACUUUCAACUAUGCGGCGAGGACUAUCACUGGUGGUGGCGUUCCUUCUUUGUGGGUGGCAGCUCAUCAAUCUACGUCUUUUUAUAUGGCAUAUUUUAUUACAACAAAUUGCAAAUUACCGGAUUCGUACCAUCGCUGCUGUACUUUAUUAAUAGUCUGUUAGCGUGUCUCGUGUAUGGUUUGUUUACUGGUACUUUAGGUUUCUUCAGCACGUAUUGGUUUGUAAGGAAAAUAUAUUCAG